AGGCACUCCGCUAGUAGCGCAUCAUUAUCUGCACCUGCCUACUGUGCUGUUGUGGUGGGAGCGUCGGGAGGAGCCAUUAUUUUGCAGGGGACAUUCGGAGGAGGAGGAGGCAUUUCCGAGACGCCGACAGAAGCGUGUAGGCACAGCUUCAGCACCACACCGUUGAGGAAAGCGUCCAGAUUUCCAGUCAUAUUCUCACUGUUCAGUGUGGCUUCACCGAGCAGGAGGGCAUCUUUUCUUUUUUGGGGGAAUACUCCGUGAGAACAAGCGCUGUACACAGUUUGUGGACCUGCAGGAAGUGUCUUCUAAAACGGUUAAAGAAACCAUGACGACCGCCACUUCCCCCAUCCUGUUGAAAUGGGAUCCUAAGAGUCUUGAAAUCCGUACCCUGACUGUGGAGAGGCUUUUGGAGCCCCUGGUGACACAGGUGACUACCCUGGUGAACACCAGCAACAAAGGGCCAUCCAGUAAGAAGAAAGGGCGCUCCAAGAAGGCCCAUGUCUUGGCAGUUUCUGUUGAGCAGGCUACCCAGAACUUUCUGGAGAAGGGUGAGCAGAUCGCCAAAGAUAGCCAGGACCUCAAGGAGGAGCUUAUUGCUGCUGUGGAGGAUGUUCGUAAGCAAGGAGAGACCAUGCGGAUUGCCUCAUCGGAGUUUGCUGAUGACCCAUGUUCCUCAGUGAAACGUGGCACAAUGGUGAGGGCUGCCCGUGCCCUGCUCUCCGCUGUCACACGCUUACUCAUCCUCGCUGACAUGGCCGAUGUCAUGAGGCUGCUGGCCCACCUUAAAAUUGUAGAGGAGGCCUUAGAGGGUGUAAAGAAUGCGACUAAUGAACAGGACCUGGCCAACCGCUUCAAGGAGUUUGGAAAGGAGAUGGUGAAGCUCAACUAUGUGGCAGCCCGGAGACAGCAGGAACUUAAAGAUCCCCAGUGUCGAGAUGAGAUGGCGGCUGCACGUGGAGCCCUCAAGAAAAACGCCACCAUGCUGUACACGGCCUCACAGGCUUUCCUGCGCCACCCAGAUGUGGCUGCCACACGUGCCAACCGAGACUACGUGUUCAAACAGGUGCAGGAAGCGAUAGGAGGCAUUUCCAGUGCUGCUCAGGCCACCUCACCCACUGAUGAGAAACAUGGCCAUGCUGGUAUUGGGGAACUGGCUGCUGCCCUCAAUGAAUUUGAUAACAAGAUCAUCUUGGACCCUCUGACAUUCAGCGAGGCCCGUUUCCGACCUUCUCUGGAGGAGCGCUUGGAGAGCAUCAUCAGCGGUGCCGCGCUAAUGGCUGACUCCUCAUGCACACGCGACGAUCGACGCGAGCGCAUCGUGGCCGAGUGCAAUGCCGUUCGACAGGCCCUCCAAGACUUGCUGAGCGAGUACAUGAACAACACUGGAAGGAAAGAGAAAGGUGACCCACUGAACUCAGCCAUUGAUAAAAUGACCAAAAAAACCAGGGAUCUGCGCAGACAGCUGAGGAAGGCAGUGAUGGACCACAUUUCAGACUCUUUCCUGGAGACCAACGUCCCCCUCUUGGUGCUCAUUGAAGCGGCUAAGAGCGGAAAUGAGAAGGAGGUCAAGGAGUACGCCCAGGUGUUCCGUGAACAUGCCAACAAACUGGUGGAGGUGGCCAACCUAGCUUGCUCCAUCUCCAACAACGAAGAGGGCGUGAAGUUGGUUCGUAUGGCUGCCACCCAAAUUGACAGCUUAUGUCCACAGGUUAUCAAUGCUGCACUCACUCUUGCGGCGCGCCCUCAAAGCAAAGUCGCCCAGGACAACAUGGACGUUUUCAAAGAUCAGUGGGAGAAACAGGUGCGCAUUCUGACCGAGGCUGUGGAUGACAUCACCUCAGUGGAUGACUUCCUUUCUGUGUCAGAGAACCACAUCCUUGAGGAUGUCAACAAAUGUGUAAUUGCUCUGCAAGAGGGAGAUGUGGACACUCUUGACCGGACUGCUGGAGCCAUUCGGGGCCGAGCUGCUCGUGUGGUCCACAUCAUUAACGCUGAGAUGGAAAACUAUGAACCUGGGGUCUACACUGAGCGUGUGCUGGAGUCCAUCAAGCUUCUGUCUGAGACUGUCAUGCCCCGUUUUGCCGAACAAGUGGAGGUAGCUAUUGAAGCACUGAGUACCAACCCCCCACAGGCCUUUGAGGAGAAUGAGUUCAUUGAUGCAUCCCGCCUGGUGUAUGAUGGCGUCCGUGACAUCAGGAAAGCUGUCCUCAUGAUAAGGACACCAGAGGAGCUGGAAGACGACUCUGACUUUGAGCAGGAGGACUAUGAUACUCGCAGUAGGACUAGUGUCCAGACUGAAGAUGACCAGCUUAUUGCUGGACAAAGUGCCCGAGCCAUCAUGGCACAGCUUCCCCAAGAGGAGAAGGCCAAGAUUGCUGAGCAAGUGGAAAGCUUUAGACAGGAGAAGUGCAAGCUGGACGCAGAAGUGGCCAAAUGGGAUGACAACGGCAAUGACAUCAUUGUGCUGGCCAAGCAGAUGUGUAUGAUCAUGAUGGAGAUGACUGACUUUACCAGAGGCAAAGGCCCCCUGAAAAACUCCUCAGAUGUGAUCAAUGCGGCAAAGAAGAUUGCAGAGGCUGGGUCCAGGAUGGACAAAUUGGCGCGUGCUGUUGCUGAUCAGUGCCCUGAUUCAGCAUGCAAGCAGGAUCUGCUGGCCUACCUGCAGAGAAUUGCCUUGUACUGUCAUCAGCUCAACAUCUGCAGCAAGGUGAAAGCUGAGGUUCAGAACCUGGGCGGGGAGCUCAUUGUUUCUGGGCUGGACAGUGCCACCUCCCUGAUCCAAGCGGCCAAGAACCUAAUGAACGCAGUGGUGCUGACUGUAAAGGCAUCUUAUGUAGCCUCCACCAAGUACCAGAAGGUGUACGGAACAGCGGCGGUCAACUCACCCGUGGUGUCUUGGCGCAUGAAGGCCCCUGAGAAGAAGCCACUGGUAAAACGGGAGAAGCCCGAGGAGUGUCAGACACGUGUGCGACGAGGCUCCCAGAAGAAACACAUCUCCCCCGUCCAGGCCCUCAGUGAAUUCAAGGCCAUGGACUCCUUCUAAGCAAACAACGUCAUACAUACUCAAGAAAAACAACAAAAUAUGAUUCUGACAAGUUGGAGUAAAAGUCCCCUUUUUACAUUGCGUUAACCCACCUGUUUGCGAUGUGUGUGUGUGCUUGGUGACAUCUCAGGAGGACUACAGUACAUAUUAAACUGCCACACUGCGGCUCCUUUGAACUCUGUGGUGCCCCGUGGCUCACAGACUGCCAGCACACACCCAACACUAUUUAUCGGUCUUAUUGUAACUUAAUAUGUGAGAGCCAAAAUGUGACACAAAACCGCUUUG